AUGAAUACACACAGUACUGACUGCACCUACGAAGACCUCAGCAGUCCCACAGAGCUUGCCACAUCGGAGCUUACUACCGCUCUCGAUGCUAUCAACGCCUUAUACGAGCAAUUGGAUUUCCACGAGGUGCUAGCCAUAGAACGGAACUUGAAGAAAGGUGGAAAUGCAGCAAGUUUCUUCGUUCCUCUUGGGAUGACAUUGAUUGUGCAGCUCUCGUCAUCUCCCAUCAUUUCGACUCUGUGCCCACUAGCUGCAGCAUUGGCCGCAGGCAAUCCUACGAUUGUCCUCGGUUCUCCCACUGUUUCGGCCACUAGUGUUCUUCUCGAGGAAGUUGUGCUGGAAGCUCUAGACCAUGAAGCAUUCCAUUUCGAAAACUCCGUUGAUGCAUCAAGAUAUGAGAGUUUUACGCAGGAGCCUUAUGCGACAGUCGUUGUUCACAGCCUCGAGGCAAGCCACACAAUUGGACUACUUGUACGCAACGCCAACCCGUCAGUCCGAAUACUCGAGCCGUAUUAUGGCAUACCCGCUGGUAUAAUUGACCGCAGUGCUGGCGGUUCAACAGGUGCAGCUGUCAAGCAGAUUCGGAAAAGCGUAUUAGAUGGCUCAAAGGGCAACCCGUUUCGAUUCCCAAGGCUUUUUUUCGUGGAUGAGUCCGUCAUUGUUUCUGUUAAGAAUAAAUUGAAUACACAGCAGGGAAAGGCAACUAGUAAGCUCGACGAGUGGCUUCGAAAGUACUACAGUGGCUCCGUAACCAGAUAUUCGACAAAGACAGGUGGUAAAAAGCAGAUCUCAGAGUUUCCCAGAGUAGAUGCCGCUGAGAUAGUUAGGUCGACGGAUGGCUCCGAGAUUGCUCUUGUUCCUACAAGGAGCUUAGAUCAUACCAUCGAUUUACUGAACAAGAUCAAUGCCGGCACCGGAUCUCAAGUCAUCUACGUCUUCGCCGGCGGCAAAGAAGCCUUUUACCUCGGAAAUUUCAUCACCACAUCGCACGUGUAUAUCAAUGAGAUACCAAAUCACUCCCUUGUUCUUACAGCUGGCCGCUCCGCGACCGAUACGACCACGCACGCUUACCGCCUCGAAGACUUCUCUGAACUGAAGACAAUGCUUCAAGUGUCACCAGUUGGCUCUCAUAGUAAUGCGAGGAGGCCAGCCAAGCUGAACGCAAAGAAAGUGAAACAGUUUCAAGGUGGACGUAUGUCGUACUUCGAGCAAGGAUUGAUACUAGGGGCGGCGAUGGGCCUUGUGGCGUUGACGAGUCUUGGGUUUCUUUCUUAUAGGAGCCUUAAAGCGUACUCACUGAGAUGA